UCGAUGCUCGGCUACAUACAUUAGCUGUUUUGCUCAGUUUUUGUCAGCUUGUAACUUAACUGGCUCUCCCCUCGCCAUAAUAGAGAUGGCUCUAGUGUCCGCCGAGACGAAGAUAGCAGAGUACCUGACGGAACUGCACCAACUCAUCAAGCAGACACAGGAGGAGAGGUCCCGUAGUGAACACAACCUGCUCAACAUCCAAAAGACACACGAGAGGAUGCAGACGGAAAACAAGACAUCUCCAUACUAUCGGACUAAACUGCGAGGUCUUUACACCACCGCCAAGGCCGAUGCAGAGGCAGAGUGCGGCAUCCUGAGAAGAGCGCUGGAUAAAAUAGCAGACAUCAAGUCGCUGCUGGAGGAGAGACGCAUUGCUGCCAAGAUGGCGGGGGUGUACAGUGACUCGGACCCCCCCAGGAAGACGAUGAGGAGGGGAGUGCUGAUGACACUGCUGCAGCAGUCUGCCAUGACGCUACCACUGUGGAUAGGCAAGCCUGGGGACAGUCCCCCUCCUCUGUGUGGGGCGAUGGCAGCUAGCGGGGACUACGUGGCUAAGCAGGGGGAUAAAGUGGCCGCUCGUGUCAAGGCCGUGGACGGAGACGAGCAGUGGAUACUGGCAGAGGUGGUCAGCUACAACCACUCCACUAACAAGUACGAGGUGGACGACAUCGACGAAGAGGGCAAAGAGAGACACACUCUAUCUCGGCGUCGCAUCAUCCCUCUGCCCCAGUGGAAGGCCAAUCCCGAGACGGACCCUGAGGCGCUCUUCAGCAAAGACCAGCUAGUGCUCGCCCUCUACCCCCAGACCACAUGCUUCUACAGGGCACUCAUACACACACCGCCGCACAGGCCCCAGGAUGACUACUCUGUGCUGUUUGAAGACACCUCGUACGCUGACGGCUACUCGCCCCCUCUCAACGUCGCCCAGAGAUACGUAGUGGCCUGCAAAGAGAACAAGAAGAAGUGAAGAGAGCACAGGAGAGGAGAGGAGGGACAGAAUGAGAGAUGUGUAUUGACCUGAAAAGAAAAGAAGAAGAAAUGGAGAGGAGAGGAGAGAGGGAAGGAGAGAUGUGUGUAUUGACGUGCGAAGAAAAGAAGAAGAAAUGGAGAGAACAAGAAGUGAAGUGAAGAGAGGAGAGGAGAGAAGGAGAGAUGUGUGUAUUGACCCUCGAAGAAACGGAGAGGAGAGAAAGAGAGGCCUGUCACACCAGAGAGAUGAGGAGAGCAUAGGAGCAGGUAGAGGAGAGGAGAGAAGCAAAGAGGAGGAGAGCAGGGGAGAAAGGAAAGGAGAAGAGAGGAGAGAGUCAGGAUACGUUGUGAUCUGCAAAGAGCACAAAGAAAUGAACAGAGGAGGAGGGGUAACAAGGGGAAGCAAUGACACACAUGUUAUUCCAUGGACCUAUACUACAAAGCUGGUUCAGGAUAAGUUAGGGUUAAGUUAAGAGGUAAAUCCUCUAAGAGUCUGGAGUCCUCAUUUUCUUAAGAAAAGCUCUUGUAUUAGAUGAUUUACCUCUUGACUUAACCUUAACCUUUCCUGAACCAGCUUUGUAGUAUAGGCCCCCAGGGGUGGGAAACCGUUUUCAUUCGAGGGCCACUUCAAAUAUUAUAAAGUCCUCCAAGGGCCGUAAUAUGAACACAAACCAGGAUUUCCCCCUGCACUUUAUCCCUAUAUUGAAGGUGGCCACCUUUGCAACAGAGCCCACCUUCACUUGUUCCCCAGAAAAUGUAACUUAAUUGUAUUGAAAAUAUUAUUUCUAACAUUUCUUAACAAAACAUGUCAUAUUUCAUGUGAAACCGCAUAACAUUAAAAUUAUAUCGGGGGCUGCCCUCAAGACAGGUUACCUGUGUUAUUCUAUAUCUAUUCUUCUCUUGUUUAAUGUAAAUAAUUAUGACUGUGCUUUUGUUGUCUUUGAUUUGCCAUGCAUAGUUGUGUUUUUGAAGAAUAAAAAAAACAUUUUAUGAU